UGUCAUAGAUGAAUAAGUGUAAGGAGAGUGUUCAUGUUUAGAUACAAUUUUUUGAUAAAGAAAUUCAAAUAAAAACUAAAUUUACUCUUUAAUAAGGUUGUAAAUCUGAAUUUCUGAUUUAGAUUAAGUCUAUUAAAUAAAUUAGUAACAAAUAUCAUGUUUUAUAUAUAGUAUAAGAUUCGAAGCAUUAAUAAUAAUAACUUUAAUAAAUAUGCAAUCAAUAAAUUCAAGCGAAGACUCUCAUCGAUUGAACCGAUCAAUAAAUUCUUAAAGUGAGAUUUCUGCCUCGAUCAAUUAGAGUUUACCAAACAUUUCGAAAAGCGAGAAUAGUUUCGAAAUACGAAAAUUAACAUGGGAUGAUUUUUAAGGAGUACCUCCUGAAAAUGAUCCAGCCUAUGCUCUUACAAGAUGGAAAAUUGGAUAUAAUUAUUAAGUGCAUCAUGAAGCAGAUAAGAUUUAAGUGGUGGUAGAUGCUUGGUGUAAGAUUGAUCCCUCUUCUUGGAAAAAAAAGGAAUCAGAUGAAUUAUUGCAUCAUUAAUAAGGUUUAUCAUUUUUAUUAAUACUAAUAGGCCAUUUUUAUAUAGGAAUGAUCUGUGCUUUGGAGUUCAAGAAGAGAGUGCAAGAAUUCUCAUUUAGUAAAGAUUACAAACAAGAAAUCUCAGAGGUUUUUCAUACGACUUUUUAAGAAUACCUAGAUAUGGAGAAUAAAUAUAAUAUUGAGACUUUGAAUAUGUUAAAUACUGAAAAACAAAGAUAGUGGGAUAUGAAGAUAAUGAAGCAAUUGAAUUCUCUAUAAAAAUAUACUUGA